AGCGACGAGGAGUUCUUCCAGGCCUUGCGAGCUACAUACUGCCAGAUGCGAGGGUGGUUUCGUCGCCUGUUCAGUUUCCGCGUGUACCACCACUGCGAGUUUGCUCACGUCGAGCGAAUCGGCGUCGACGCCUACGUCCCCAGCGACCUCCGGCCGUCUUUCCCGGACCCGAGCGACGCGGCCUACGCCUUCGCGCCCAAGCCGCCGAAGCCGGUCCCGCCCAUCAACGCGCACGAGUUCAAGCGGCGCUUCUACGCAUGCCCGCGUCUCGACCCCCACAUCCGUUACCUGCCCGGCAGCGGGCACACGUGCGCACGGUACACGGGCGUGAGCGGCGCGCUGGGCCGCAUCCCCAAGCGCGACGCGCCGCUCAGCACGCGCGCGCCCGACCGCGAGGUCGUCUGGGGGCUGGUGGCCGUCGAGUGCCCGUCGCUGGCCAGGGUGUUUGCGUACCACGUGCUGGCGCUGGCCGGGCCGUUUGCGUUUUGGGUCGUGUGGCAGACCAAACUGGGGCACGGCGACGACUGGCAGAACGCGUCGAUCCCGUUCGCCGUCGUGUGUGUCCUGCUGUCCAUGUUCUGGUUUCCGCUGCUGCAGAAGAGUUAA